CUGAAUGAACCUGCAUCUUCUCCCAACGAGCCCAAUCCGCUAGAACCACCAUCAGUCCGAAGAAAAACCAUGUACUCCCGCCGUUCGAUGCUUCCAAGCAAGUACACCGCCGAGCACUUGACGCUCGCGCCGCCAUUGCUGACCACGUGCUACUAAUACAAAACCAACUCCUCUGUCCGUGUCCACCGCGGUGGCCAUGGCGGGAAACGCAACACACCGAGACCGGCUCACAACAACAAUGGUGUCCGCACCACGCCGCGCGUCCCACCUCCUCCUCCUCCUCCUGCCCGUGCUCCUCAGCUGCCUCCUGCACCGCGCAGCCGCCCAGCCCGCCACCACCGCACCGGACGAGAAGCAGCUGCUCCUCCAGCUCAAGCGCGCGUGGGGCGACCCGCCCGUGCUUGCGGCAUGGGACGGCAAGGGCGACCACUGCACCUGGCCCUACGUGGCCUGCGACGCCUCGUCCGGCCGCGUCACGAACCUCUCCCUCGCCAACACCUACGUCGCCGGCCCGGUGUCCGACGCCGUCGGCGGCCUCUCCGGCCUCACGAGCCUCGACCUCUUCAACAACAGCAUCAACGGCACCUUCCCGACCAGCCUGUACCGCUGCGCUUCGCUCCGGUACCUCGACCUCUCCGAGAACUACCUCGGCGGCGAGCUCCCCGCCGACAUCGGCACCGGGCUCGGCAAGAACCUCACCUCUCUGAUCCUCCGCGGCAACGGCUUCACCGGUACAAUUCCCACCUCCUUGUCCCGGUUAACGAACCUGCAGUCGCUCUCGCUGUACAACAACCCGCUCGCCGGCACAAUCCCGGAGGAGCUCGGCGAGCUGACGAGCCUUCAGUUCCUGUGGCUCUCCAACAACGCCUUUGCCGCGGGCGAGCUGCCGGCGUCGUUCAAGAACCUGACCAAGCUCAAAUCCUUCCUGGUGACCAAUUGCAGCCUCACCGGGGAUAUCCCGAGCUAUGUGGGCGAUAUGCCGGACCUAGAGUUCCUCGACCUCUCGGUCAACAACUUCACCGGGAGUAUACCUCCAGGGAUCUGGAACCUCACCAAGCUACAGACUCUGCAUCUGUUCGCAAACAACCUCACUGGCGACGUCGUCGUCGAUGGUGCUUUCGGGGCGAUGAAUUUGGAGACGAUCGAUCUGACCGCCAACAUGCUGACUGGGCCGAUUCCGGAGGCCUUCGGUCACCUCCCAAACCUUGCAACGCUGAACCUCUACGACAACAACUUCUCCGGUGAGAUACCGGCGACCAUCGGCCGGUUGCCUUCAUUGGUGAAGCUGUCUGUGUUCAGAAAUCGUCUCAGCGGCACGCUCCCUCCGGACCUCGGCAAGGACCCAUCAUCAGGGUUGCUGUCUAUUGAAGUCUUUGACAACGACAUCACCGGCGAGAUACCGGAGGGGCUGUGCACCAACGGCAAGUUCCAGGCGCUCAUCGCCCAAGACAACGGCUUGACCGGCUCCAUCCCGGCAGGCCUCGCCGGUUGCGCCACCCUCACCAACCUCAAGCUCGACAAUAACCAGCUCUCCGGUGAGGUCCCUGAAGCGCUGUGGAGGGCGACAGAGCUUACGCAGCUGCUCCUGCGGAAUAACCGUCUCAGCGGGACUCUGCCGGCCACCAUGUACAGCAGCCUCACAACUCUACAAAUUGAGAACAAUCAGUUUCGUGGCAACAUCCCAGCGGCGGCUAUUGGACUCCGUGCAUUCACCGCCGGAAACAACAAAUUUUCAGGGGAGAUGCCGGCCAAUCUUGGCAUCGGCAUGCCGCUGCUGCAGAACAUGAACUUGUCAGGUAACCAGCUCUCUGGCGGGAUCCCGAGGAGCGUAGCCAAGCUCGGUUCCCUGACGCAGAUGGACCUCAGCGGAAACCAGCUCACGGGGGAGAUACCGGCAGAAUUGGGCGCCAUGCCGGUGCUCAGCGCACUUGACUUGUCGUCGAACAAGCUCUCCGGCGACAUACCGCCGCCGCUUGCCAGGCUGCGGCUCAGCUCGCUCAACCUGUCAUCCAACCAGCUAGACGGCCAGGUACCGGCUGAGCUCGCCAUCGCUGCCUACGAUCGCAGCUUCCUCAACAACCCCGACCUCUGCCACGCCGGCCUCGAGCCCGGCUACCUUUCCGGCGUGCGUUCCUGCUCCGCCGGUUCGAAAGCAGCCGGCGCUUCCUCAGGCGGCGUCUCGCCGGCUCUGCGAACGGGCCUCUUGGUCGCUGCCGGCGCGCUCCUCGUCCUCAUCGUGGCGUUCGCCUUCUUCGCCGUCCGCGAAAUGAAGAAACGGAAGCGCGUGGCACGGGACAGUGGCUGGAAGAUCACGCCUUACCAGACCGAUCUGGGAUUCGGGGAGGCGGCCAUACUCCGGGCGCUAAUCGAAGAGAAUCUCGUCGGCAGCGGCGGGUCGGGGCGCGUGUACCGCGCCGCGUACACGAACCGGUACAACGGCAACGCCGGCGCCGUGGCCGUGAAGCAGAUACGGAGCGCCAGGAAGGUGGACGAGAAGGUGGAGCGCGAAUUCGAGUCGGAGGCGAGCAUCCUCGGCGGCGUCCGGCACAAGAACAUCGUCAGGCUGCUUUGCUGCCUCUCCCGCCCCGACUCCGGCGCCAAGCUCCUCGUGUACGACUACAUGGACAACGGCAGCCUCGACGGGUGGCUCCACAGCGCCGGGAAAACCAUUCCGACUAUGACGAGGGCUCUGUCUGGGCGGCGCGAGGCUGGUUUGGACUGGCCGACAAGGAUCAGAGUCGCCGUGGGCGCCGCGCAGGGGCUCUGCUACAUGCACCACGAGUGCACCCCGCCCAUCGUUCACAGGGACGUCAAGACCAGCAACAUCUUGCUGGACUCCGAGUUCCGGGCCAAGAUCGCGGAUUUCGGGCUGGCCAGGAUGCUGGUGCAGGCCGGCACGCCCAACACCAUGUCCGCCGUCGCCGGGUCGUUCGGCUACAUGGCUCCCGAGUGCGGUUACACGAGGAAGGUGACGGAGAAGGUGGACGUGUACAGCUUCGGCGUGGUACUCCUGGAGCUCACCACCGGCAGGGCGGCCAACGACGGCGGCGAGGACGGGUCCCUGGCGGAAUGGGCACGGCACCUGUACCAAUCAGGAGGAAGCAUACCCGACGCCACGGAUAGCCGUAUCAGAUACGCUGGGUGCUCGGAGGAGAUCGAGGCCGUGUUCAGACUAGGCGUGAUGUGCACCAGCGCCUCGCCGUCGUCGCGGCCGUCCAUGAAGGAAGUGCUGCAGAUCCUGCUCAGGUGCUCAGAGCAGACGCACCAGAAAGGCAAGACGGAGCCAGGCCGGGAGUACGAAGCAGCUCCGUUCUUGCUGCCGCAGCGCGGCAGCCGGCGAAAACAGCUUUCGAGCUCUAGAGGAUCCGACGGCGAAGAGAAUAGUGACUUCGACAGCAUUGUCUGAAUAAAGGAGCCAAGAAGGCAACGACCUGCAACUUUCGUUAGGACAACAGCUAUAGGCAGGGACAAUAUGACCUGGUGGGACUGUGUAUUUGUACUUCAGGUCACAUUUGGUGUACUAUAGCAUAGGACACUACUUAUAGCUGUUGUCCUAACGAAAUGUGACAAUAUGACAACAGCUAUAGGCAGGGACAAUAUAGUCUGAACUCUGAACUUGACUACACAUUCUUGAUUAGACACUACUUACUUC